GAGACGAAAACUUAGCCAUCGCAGGAAACUUGCAGAGCUGUGUUGGGAAACGAGCUGCCAGACCCUCUUUCUAUUCUCCAUCUUAACCGCGAAGCAAUCAGGGAGUUGAGGGACAGAGAGAGGGAGAGCGAAUUGAUCGAGAGUGAAAUUGACUCCGAUGGACGACGGGCCUCCGGCGAACGAUUGCUGCUCCAUCUGCCAUGGAAGAUUCAAGGUCCCUUGCCAGGCCAAUUGCUCCCACUGGUUUUGCGGCGAUUGUAUCAUGCUUGUGUGGCAGCAUGGAUCUGCAGUUCAGGCGUGCAAGUGUCCACUCUGUCGCCGGUCGAUCACAUUGCUGGUUCCUGGUCAAGCUGCUCUAAGGGACCGCAAUGACACCGAGGUUUCUGAAGUUCUUGUGAAGGUUCAAAGGUACAAUCGUCUCUUUGGUGGAGAAACUUCUGGCUUAAUCCAGAGAAUGCAAGAUCUUCCAUUUUUUAUCAGGAGGUUGUUCCGAGAGCUAAUGGAUCCGCAAAGAUCACUUCCUCUUGUCAUUAGAGCCCGGGUUUAUAUUGCAGUGAUACUAAGCGCACUCUACACUCUCAGUCCUGUAGAUAUCAUUCCAGAAGGGAUACUGGGCAUAGUUGGUCUCCUGGAUGAUGCUCUUAUACUUCUUCUGUGCUUUCUUCAUGUUGCCGCCAUAUAUCGGUCCGUGCUCUACUUCCGCCAUGGUGGUUCGUGAUCCAUCAAUCAACAGCCAUGGCUAUAGCCUAUAUGUGUAAAAGCCAAUGUCGCGGAGAUGGCAAGCUCUUGACCAAAACUUGAAUGUGAACUUGCAAAUCAGGGGUGAUAUAAAAGUUUUGUACAUAGACUUUUACUAUUAUUUUCUUAUGGAGAAUUAGCUUGGUGAAUCUUCCUUGACACAUUUUUUUUACAUCGGUCACACAGAAUCCAAUAUCGGAUGGGCAGUAGCUUUUGCUUGUAAGAGGAUUUUAGCUCAGUGCAUGUUGAUUCUUGUCUUCCUUGCUGAUUUAAUUUAAUCGUAUUAUCAAUUUGCGGUAACACGGUGAACUGAAAAUUACAUCUGUUAGCUUAUCAUGGCAAACUGAUUGCUGGAGUAUGCAACGACAAAUAGGGGAGCAAAGCAACCCGUAAACCAACCCAUUUGGCC